UCCAAUCUGAGAUUCAUCCAACCCACAAACCACUCUCGAGCCCGUGCCCGGCGCUCUCUCCUUGGGGGCGAGCCCGUGCUGGCGCAGGAUUGCUCAACUCAGUCGCUGCCUGCGCUGGAAACGAGCGAGCCAGAACAGCCAGGCAACACGAAUACAAAUCUGACGGGCAUCAACCGCAGCCGAACUCCGCCAUUAAACUCGAAAACGAUGCGCCGCAGUCCUUCGCCCAAUGCCAGCAAAGGAUCGCCACUCCUCAUCACCACUGCCGCCAGCUCCAACGGUCUGCUCAACCCUGGCAUCGGAUCGCUCUUGUCUGGCGGUAGCAGCGUAAAGCCGCUGACUCCUGCUGCGGCCACAUUCAAGGCCUCGCUUGCCUCAUCGCAAGCUUCAGCUGCUGCAGCAGCAGCUACAGCUACAUCCACAGUUCCAACGACAAGCGCGCCCUCGAAAGGCCGGAAUCCCGAUCACCCCAACGUUCGACUCGCGAGCAUGCCCAUUCUUCAUACCGCUGCGCCGAUAGUUUCCGAAAGCAGCCCGAACUUGAACCACGACUCGGACGACCACGAGGAUCUCGAGAACGACGAGUCAGAGCCGUCAACGUCGGAGACGGAUCUUGAUUCGGACGACUCGCUCGACGGGUCGACCAGCGACGACGGAUCCGAGAACGACUCUGACGAGGACGAAGAGGGCUUUGUCUCGACACCGGCGGAUGCCGCUGGAGGCGCAGGGGCAGCGGGCCCGAGCGCUUCUGAAGUAGCCUCCAUGCAUGCAAACCUCAGCACGAUUGCGCCGACAAUCAGCAGCGGGCCGUUCCAACGACUCCGCAAUCGCCGCCUCCAUCGCAAAAAGAAUUCCUCGCUGCAAGAUGUCUUGGCUCCCGAAGCAGCGGCUGGCCAGGAUGCGAAUGGCGCUGCUGAUUCCCUGGCGAACGCCGCCGAAGGUGGUGGUAGUGGUGGUCGCAAAAAGAAAAAGUCGCUGGGACCUUCUCUGUCCCUCCGCGAGGCCAUCAACGAGGCUGAGCACAAUGACCAGCAGCAGCACAUUUGGUACCCCAAGGAAUUUGGAAAGGUGGCCUACUGCAACGUCUGCCGCAAGAUGGUGGGCUUCAAGAAGGGCUUCAAGUGCUCGGCUUGCCGCAUUGUUGUCGACCACGGCUGCCGCAAGAUGGUCAACCGCGCCAUCCCGUGUCGCGCCAAGUUCACCCGUGAAAGCAACCCGCCGUGCACAACCGCCCACCACUUCGUCGAGGGCAACUUUGGUCACAGUCGUUGCACGGUUUGCAAGCGCGCUUGUGGAGCGGCAAUUGCCAUGUCCUUGGCCAAGCCGUCGUCGGCUGCCGUGCGGUGCUCAUGGUGCAAAACUGUCGCGCACAUGUCCUGCACCGAAAAGCUUCCGUCGGAUUGCAACUUUGGAGAGCAUGCCAACAUUAUUCUACCCCCCUCUGCCAUCCGCUUGCGACCUGAAGAUAAUCCAGAGUCGAUCACUGUUCCUCAAACUCGAGCCGAGAAAAAGUCGCUCAAGAAGGACUUGCGAAGAAAGAGCAUUGCCGAAAUCUCCAAGCGUUUCCACCUUGAAAUCCCGUCCAACAUUGUGCCUUUGCUCGUAUUCAUCAAUCCAAAGAGUGGCGGCAAACAAGGCGUCAAGCUCAUGCAAAUAUUCCAGUGGCUUCUCAAUCCAAUGCAAGUGUUCGAUCUCACUCAAGGUGGCCCUGCUGCCGGACUGAAGCUCUUUGCGAAUGUUGCAAAUUACCGAAUUCUUGUGUGCGGUGGCGACGGCACGGUUGGCUGGGUGUUGUCCGCCAUCGACAAUCUUCAGCUCAACCCGCGACCGCCGGUUGCAGUCCUACCUCUCGGCACUGGCAAUGAUCUGGCUCGUGCAUUGCGCUGGGGUGGUGGCUACAGCGAUGAGCUGAUUUCGCCGAUUCUGGAGCGUGUUGAGCACGCAGAGAUUGUAAAGCUGGACCGUUGGAAUCUCGAAGUCACGCCCCACGGUGAACGAGUCGAGGGUGCCGCACUCACUGCACCUCUUGACGUCAUCAACAACUACUUUUCAUUCGGCGCUGAUGCCAAAACUGCACUGGCCUUCCAUCAAGCGCGCGAGAAAAAUCCUGAUCGGUUUAAGAGCCGCAUCGGAAACAAAAUGUUCUACGGCAUGGUUGGUGGCGUUGACAUUUUCAAGCACUCGAUGAAGGAUCUUUCCAAAGUGGUUCAAUUGCAGUGCGAUGGUGUGGACUACACGCCAUUGCUGCGCAUGCACAAACUGGAAGGAAUUUGCCUCCUGAACAUUACAAGCUACGCUGGUGGCACCAAUCCUUGGGGCACUCGCGUGUCAGAGGAAUUUAAACCUCAACAAUUCGACGACGGGCUGAUCGAAGUCAUUGGCAUUGAGAACGCACUCGACUUGGCCAUCCAGCAGGCGCGUCUCGGGUCGGGCCUGCGCAUCUGCCAAUGCCGUCAGGUGACUGUCACCACGUUAAAGGAGCUUCCGGUGCAAGUUGACGGCGAACCGUGUCUGCUCGGACCCUCCAUUAUUCGUGUUAAUUAUCGCAACCAGUCCUCCAUGCUGCGGAAAGUCAAAAAGUCCCGGUCCCGCUCCAACUCCGUGGAGGGUGUCGGCCAGGUCGGCCAGAUCGGCCAGGUUUCCAGCUCGUCCAGUACAGAAAACACCCAAUCGCGUCUGGCGACCACUCGCAGCGCUAGUCAGCAAAAUUUGAGCUCUCUUGCAACACAGUCCGCGCCAGCGGCUCCUCUUCCCUCUGGCACUGUCGAAGCCCAGCAAUCCUCAAGCGGCAAUCAGUCUCCCGUGAUGCUUUCCAAGCAGUUCCGAGCCUAUUCUUCGAAUCAACUCGGAUCUGGCAAGAGCCUAUCACAGGAAGUUCUGUUUUGAAGCAAAAAAUGUUCCACUUUUUUUUUUUGGAAAACCCUUCGUUCAUAUUUCUUCCCCCCCCCCCCCACGCUUCUACCCCGUAUUUAUGUGGCAAUAUCUGUUGGCCGGUUGCACAAGUUCUGUGUGCAUCCUAUCAUGCACACAUUGGCUGAUUCUUUCCCCCUUCGGUUUGAUUUUUCCGUGUUUGCGCCAUGACAUGGUUUGACUCGACUAAUAUAACAAUCGUUCG